AUGGCCGUGGACCCAAGGUGUCUUUUGAGUCUCUGCUCUACAAUAUCAAAAGCAAGUAGUGCAAAGGGCACCAAUGAUUUUGUGAAAAUUGGUAUGGAACUGUGGCAGACAGCCCAGCCGUACCUUGUACAAGCUCUGGGACUUCAACCACCUCCCCCCAAGGUGGACGUAGAUGCCGCUGUUGCAAAUGCGGGGGAUGCUCACGGCGAACAACCAUGGGUCGCGACACCUCUUCCUGGCCAAACAGUUCGAGCUUUAUUUAUUGGAAUUAAUUACUAUGGAACUUCUGCAGCGCUCUCCGGUUGCUGCAAUGAUGUCAAGCAAAUGCUCGCCACACUGCAGAAAAAGGGGCUCCCAAUCAACGAAGCCGUCAUACUCGUCGACGAGGACAAUUUCCCCGGGAGGACCGACCAGCCAACCCGCGACAAUAUCGUACGUUACAUGGCGUGGCUCGUGAAGGAUGCAAAACCAGGUGAUGUCCUUUUCUUCCAUUACUCUGGUCAUGGUACACAAUGCAAAUCCAGAGGCGACAGUGACGAGAAGUACGAUCAAUGCAUUGCCCCUGUGGACUUCCAGAAAAGUGGAUGCAUUGUUGAUGAUGAUAUACACAAACUUCUCUUCUCUAGGCUUCCUGAAAAGGUACGACUCACAGCUGUGUUCGAUUGUUGCCACUCAGGCUCCAUUAUGGAUCUUCCUUUUACCUAUGUCUGCAGUGGAGGUGAGCAAGCAUCGGGUACGCCACACAUGAAGCGAAUUCGUGAGGGAAAUGAUGUUCUGGGGGAUGUGAUGAUGAUUUCUGGUUGUGCUGAUGAGCAAACAUCUGCUGAUGUUAAGAACACUGCCACAUUUGGUACGGGUUCUACAGGCGCUGGUGGUGCGGCCACGCAGUGUAUCACGUGCAUGCUUAUGAACAACCAGUCGUUGUCGUAUGGUAAACUUCUAAUCGAAACUCGCGACAUGUUGAAGAGGAAAAGGUUCAAACAAGUGCCACAGCUCAGUGCUUCAAAAGCUAUAGACCUUGAUCAGACCUUCUCACUAACGGAAAUGUUUUCUGUUGACAGAUCUAUCCAAUAG